AUGGCUGCGGAAAACCCUCCCUCGCAGAGCCGUCUUUCGACGCGCAUCUCCCUCCGUUGGGUCCCCGAGCCCGCCUUCGAAAAUACUGACACGAUAGUGAUGUCGGUCGCCGGCUGGUAUGCUGACCUUCGCGUUGACAAGGCCUCCGGCGAUAUCGACUGGGCUAUUGCGGGCCAGCGAGUUGUCGAUGAUGCGGAUUCCACUCGGGUGUCGUUCACCCAUGAACUCGAUUCCCAGAACUCGUUUGAUGCGGUCGACUGCGGUACAUUCUCCACUCUUCCCAAUGGCGAUGAUCUUGAGAAGGGCUCGAUGCCUCGUGCGGACCUCCCUGGCUCCCCGGUGGCGGAAUAUGAGGAAGUCUGGCGUGAGCUGAAGUUUCGGCAAGGCCCAGAGGGCUCUGAUAAGGGUCUUUCGUGGGUUCUUGAGUCAAAGCAGAAAUCCCUGGAGGAAGGGGAGGAGGUUGAAGUGGAAAGGACUUUCCUUGGAAGAGUCUGGGGUACAUACCUGGCUCUGCGCCAGGUUCAGAUACAUACUCGUCCCAGAGGUUCAUCUGCGACUGUUAUCAAAGAAGGAAGGGAAGUCAGUGCCAGGAGGGAGGAAUGGGACUCUGCUUCCGGUUGGCAGCUCAAGUACUCCAUCGGUCCCGCCGGAGCUCAGCUACCAUCUCUGGCCCAAACUCUCGACGAUGGACCAUGGCAGACUGGUCAGACAAUUACACUUGAAGGUAAAGAAUACAUUGUCAGAGGAUUCGAAAGAAUAGUCUAA